GCUAUCGUACUCCAUAUGACAUCCGAAAUAUACCCAAAAAUUGUUCACUCAACUAACAUAAAAGACGCGUCCAGAAGAUGGGCGAGAAUCCCAAUUUAAUGGAGCAGCGUGAACGCAUUGACAAUGCGCUCAUCAAUGCCGUCGAUGACAUGGAUCGGGAGCAUUUGCGCAAACUGCAGCUGACGAUGCACGGUUGUGCCAAGCGCUGCUGUGCCGACAUGAACGCCAGUGCGGAUGCGGUACAGCGUUGCGUAGAUCGCUGCCAAAUGCCGCUGACGCGCGCCCGCUGCUAUGUGCAACAGGAGCUGGCCGAGUUCGAGUCCCAGAUGGAGGAUUGUCUGCGCCAGUGUCAGUUGCCCGGCGAAGAUGAUAUCUGUGGCGGGCGUGUCGAGCGCUGCUCCUUGGACUGUGUGGAUAAGUAUGUGGCGCUAUUGCCGGAAUUAUUGAACGCCAUGCGCAUGGAACUAGAGAAGGCCCUAUAAACGGGCGGGGGCGGCCAACACAGGCAACAAAACAUAACUACGUUAUAGUCAGGAAAUGCAAAAAAGUUAAUUAAAAUAG